AGUACCCACGAAAGAUUCUACUAAGCUGAGUUGCAUCGCGGACAUGGAUGAAUCGCGUUUGGGCCGCUAUCGUACCUAUCGCGGGCAUGCCGGAUAACCCGAACCGUAGUCAAACUCCCCGUACAUAGCUAUAUAUAUAUUCAUACUUUGUCCACCUCGUUCCACCCACGCACUACAAGAAAAAUCCAAAGCUUGCUCACCUUCAGCACAAUUUUUUCCAAUUCACGACUCACUUUCUGACAAUGCCUUUCCUCAACCUUUCAAAUGCAAAACUACAUUACGAUACCUUUGGCAACGGGCCAUUGCUACUCUGCAUUCCGGGUGCAGAUGGCCGUGGAGCUGUUUUCCACGACGCAGCUAGACACCUCUCCCGCAGCUUCACGGUAGUUUGCUACGACCGCCGAGGUUAUUCUCAGAGCCAGCACAUUGGUGCACAAGACUUCAAGAAUCGGCUCUCGACAGAUGCGGAUGAUGCCAGCGCCUUGAUCGCCCACCUUUCCACCGAAGCGGUUGCCGUCUUCGGCACGUCCUCCGGUGCCAUCGUUGCCACACAGCUCCUGAUUCAACACCCGAACCGAGUGCACACUCUUAUUGCCCAUGAGCCUCCAGCAUUUGCGCUACUACCUGAGCAAUCGCGUGCUCAAGCCGCUGGCCUCAUCGAGUACAUCUACAGUAUUUACCGUGAGCAGGGCAUACAGGCAGCAAUGGAGGUCUUCUCUGGCGGCUUGUCUGCAGGCGAAGAAGGCGCAAAGAUGAGAUUUUGCAUGGAUCCUACGCGGGGAGAUGAGAUCCGUGCAAACUCCAUGUACUGGUUUGAGUUUGAGUUGCGCCAAUACACGUCUGCUUUGCUGGAUCUGGAGGACAUGAAGGCCAAGAAGACGAAAUUUGUGCCGGCGGCCGGGACAACGUCUGGAGAUGGGCCUGGCGUUGGGCCGAUCACGCUGCUUGCUCAAAUGCUUGGCAAGGAGGUAGUGCGGCUUCCUGGAGGUCAUAUCUCAUACAUGCUUGAGCCUGAGGCCUUUGCUGAUGCCUUAGUAGCUUUGUUAGAGAGUAAGAUUCAGGAAUAGGAC